UCAACCUUUUUCAGACCAUCUGCAACUCUAAGGAGAGACAUACACUAGCUAGCUGUGCUGAGUCUAGAACCCGGUCUCUAGAACCUUCCAUUGGAUCGAUCGAUGGACCGCGUGGCGAGGCUGGCGUCGGAGCGGGCGGUGGUGGUGUUCACGGCGAGCAACUGCAGCAUGUGCGACGUGGUGACGUCGCUGCUGGGCAGCCUUGGCGUGAACGCGGCCGUGCACGAGCUGGACAGGGAUCCCCGGGGACGGGAGAUGGAGCGGGAGCUCGCCAGGAGGCUCGGCGCCGGCGCCGUGCGCGGCGGCACGCCCACCGUGCCGGCGGUGUUCGUGGGCGGAGACCUCGUCGGCGGGACCAACAGGGUCAUGGCGCUGCACCUCGCCGGCGAGCUCGUGCCCAUGCUCAGGAACGCCGGCGCGCUCUGGCUGUAGGAGCUCAGAACGCCGUCGGCGCUCAUGCAUGCACGCGCGUGCAAGCAUGUCUUAGCUUUUUUCGUCAGAUGUGUACAGAUGAAUAAAAAGAUGGUAAGUACUAAGAACUGAAAAAAAGAAGAAGAAAAAGAUCGAUGCAGAAGAGUGCGUGAAUGCCAGGUUUUUUGUAUCCUGUGCUUGGAACAAAGUCAAAUAUCGCAUCCUUUUUUCACUCA